CAUUUCCUCCCCCACGGUGACGAUAGAUUGGUCUCCAACUCUCCGGCGGCCAGGUUGACCGCAGCAGCAAGCACAGCACGAGGCGGCAAAACAGCUUCUUUUACUCCGGCGAUGGCGCAGGAUCCCAAAGAUGCUGCUCCCGCGGAGACCGAACCGCCGGCGACGGUGAAGGUGCUCUUCUUCGCCCGCGCGCGGGACCUGACCGGCGUGGCGGAGUCGUCGCUGGAGGUCCCGGCGGGGAGCACCGCGGGGGAGUGCCUUCGCAGGGUGCUGGUCGAGUUCCCAAAGCUGGAGGAGAUCCGAAGCUCCAUGGUGCUCGCGCUCAACGAGGAGUACGCGCCCGACUCAGCAGCCGUCGCCGACGGCGACGAGCUUGCCGUCAUACCUCCCAUCAGCGGCGGCUAACCAUCACGGAUCUGAAAAAUGGCAUUGCAUCAGUUUGAAAGGGGGCAAAGAUAUCUCCACAAUAAUUGGGACUGUUGUGGGCGGAUAUGCCAUGUGCAAAUGGGUAGGUCCUAUUAACAAUACUUGAAGCAUGGCAAAGAAGUCUACUCUAAUCAUUUCAGUCCUGGCUUGCCAGGACAUCCCAAUGACUAAACAGACUCCUAUGUCAAUCACAUUUAAUUAAAUAGGCGACUAUGAUCAAAAGGACAUAGCGCAAAGCAUUAUCUGCCUUGGUACAUCUCGUACAUGAGAAACAUCUACUCUUAUCUUUCCAGUCCUGGCUCGCCAGGACAUCGAUGACUAAACAAAAUACUAGUUCAAUCUCAUUUAAUUGUAUCCCUGUGUUC